AUGAGGCCGUCUGUUUCUGCAGAGACCGACAGCCUUGGGAGUCCCGCAGAGCGGCUCUCUGGCCUACAGGCUGUGCGCUGGCUGCACCAAGCCUGCCGCACGUCUCGGGGACCCGCCGGCCGCCUCUUUAACCUUGAGUGCCUGUGUGGGUCUCACGUGUCCCCCAGCGACAAAGCCCCGCAGCUGGGGAAUUCUUUCAGGGAAGAGGCCUGGGUCCACUCUGUCACUGUCCUCGCUGUCAUGGCGACCGUGGUAGAGUUCGUGUCCUUCACUGCCGCCAAGGUAGCCCUCUGGAAUCGGCCUCUUCAAGGCUGUGUGUCCUCAACUCAGGAGAAGGCUGCUGGCCGGGCCGGGCCGACCCACUGUGUGACCUCUGUGCCGGAGGAGACACGGUCUCAGGCCACCACUUCCUCACUGGAAGAGGAGCCCCGGCUGGACCCACAGGCCUUUCAGACCCAUGUGCGGCCGAGGCCCUGCCCCAUCUCACUUCCCUUCACUCUCCCCCAGUCUCCCAAGAAGGCCAAGAAGCGCGCGGAGGGCGCCAACUCCAACGUGUUCUCCAUGUUCGAACAGACCCAGAUCCAGGAGUUUAAGGAGGCCUUCACCAUCAUGGACCAGAACAGGGAUGGCUUCAUCGACAAGAAUGACCUGAGGGACACCUUCGCCGCUCUGGGGCGUGUGAACGUGAAGAAUGAAGAAAUUGAUGAAAUGAUCAAGGAGGCCCCUGGGCCAAUCAACUUCACAGUCUUCCUGACCAUGUUUGGGGAGAAACUGAAGGGGGCGGACCCCGAGGAGACCAUCCUCAACGCGUUCAAGGUGUUUGACCCAGAAGGCAAAGGGGUGCUGAAGGCUGACUACAUCCAGGAGAUGCUGACCACCCAGGCGGAGAGGUUUUCCAAGGAGGAGAUUGACCAGAUGUUUGCUGCAUUCCCCCCUGACGUGACGGGCAACCUGGACUACAAGAACCUAGUGCACAUCAUCACCCACGGGGAGGAGAAGGACUGAGGGCUGGCUCCUGACCC